ACAACAAGAUCUGCACAGAGUCUAGCUGGAGAAGGAGGAACUACCUGAGAAGAAGACAACCCUGAGGACCGACUAGCCCUUUCCCUGCGUCGUUCCCUAAGACGGUUGUCCAAUCUUAUGGCUAACGACACUAAGUCGUCCAAGCUGGCAGACUCGUCCCUCACCGCUAACUCAUCUUUAACAGCAUCCUCUAACCCUGUACGAAAAACUCCCUAGAGAGCUGAGUCGUUCCAACCGGCCUCAGCUGCUAGUGUACGAAACUCAACUGAAAACUCGGCUACACUACGGGACCCUUGUCGUAAGGCAAGAAGACGUUGUGACGCCUCCCUACCGCUGACCGGGUGAUCAAACACUUUCCUCAUCUCCACUAAAAACUCUGGGAGUGAAAAACAAAGAGGACCCUGACCCUCCCAUAUAGCUGAACCCCAGGCUAGACCUCGAUCAGUGAGUAGCCCAAUAAUGUAACUUAUCUUGCCCUGUCACAAACAUAUGUAGCGGGCUGCUGCUCAAAGACUAGCGAACACAAAAAAAAAAAAACACAAAAAAAACCUACAUGUCCCUAAGUCUCCUGAAUAACGAUUGGGAGUGGGAGUGUUAGGCUCACGUACUGGAGGAUGAGGCUAAAGUCUCCAGAGGGUUGGUCGGAGCAGAAAGUGUGAGGGGAGUAGAAACCAGGCUCAGCUGAUGUCCCAGCUGUGCCAUGUUGGUAGAUAGUGAUUGAAUAUUGUUCAUUACCUCAGGGAGUGCUUGGUCAUGGCGACCCACGAGAACACCCUGGUUAGCGAGAGCCUCACGGAGCGAGUCAGUGUCUGCUGGGUUCAUGUUGGCCAGAUUGUUCUGUUAUGUGUACGUCCAGAGGAGACCCAGGCGCAGAACACUAGACUCUGGAAACGGAAAGUUUGUGUCCAUGACGCUUCGGCCCACACCGACAGUGUUCCCUGAACUUCUCACCUGGGGGGGCUGUGCCUCCUUCGUGGCUAACUUCCUGUCUCUGGACCCUUUGGAGCCGCCUGAAGGCCUGCCCAGGUAUUUGUUCUCCUCCAGCUCGGUGCUGCAGAGUCAGAGAGCCACAUGUUUUGAAUGUGCCACCCUGCUGUGCAGCCUGCUGCUCGGGGCCCACUACGACGUUUACUGUGUCAGCGGCUACGCUGUCAAAGAGAUGUGUCUGCUGGACCAGAGUCUGCAGGAGUGCCCCCUGCUGGACACUGAGGUCAAGAGUGUAAUCUCAGAGCAGGAGCCGCAGGAGAACAAAUACACAGUGAAACCUCUGAGGGAGCUGAAGAGUAACUUUGUGACGCAGCAGGAGAAGAAGAAACAGGAUGCAGAGGCUGCGAGGUUUCAGAAACACAAACUACAGGAGAGUGAGCAGCGACCUGCUGACCCCCUGCAAGGACUGCGGGUGCACUGCUGGGUGCUGGUGCUGUCAGGGAGUCGGAGCGUCCAGGAGAACUUCUUCAUCGACCCGCUGACCGGGAACAGCUACACCACUGACAAUGACAACUUCCUGGGCAUCGAGAGCGUGUGGAACAAUCUCAACUACUACGUCAACAUGCAGGACUGCAGGAACGGCUGCGCUGAUAUGGUGUAUGACCUGGAAGACUUAAAGAUAUGGGAGCCAGUCCUGUUCGGUGCAACCUACAAAAAGCAGCUGAUUCUUGAUGUGUUGAAGAAAAAGGAGAGUAAGCUGAUGAGCAAAAUCACCAAUGAUGUGGAGGAGGAGGAGCAGCCCCGAGCUUUUGAGAUGCCACGAUCCUGGGUCAGUGACAUCCCGAUCUCAAAACAAGACCUGGAGACCUGCUGGCCGGGAACACAGAAGGUGACCCAGUACAGAAAAGCAAAGCUGGAGAAGUUUGCACCGGACCUGAUGUCAGACGGGCUGAUCACACGACUGACUACAUACAAAGACCUGAACUGCACUGAUGUCGUCAUGGUGAAGGAGUGGUAUCAGCACAGAAACGACCACCUGGAGGAGAGGGAGGUCAACGAGGUCGACAGCUUCAUCACAGAAAGCUUCAAACGUGUACGACGUUUCCACCUUUUAUUUCACAGGUACACAUCCAAGAGCACACACACGGAGCGUGAGAUGGAGUUCAGCAAUGUUGGUGUUGAAGAUCUGGUGCGGAGGGUGGAGUCACCAGGUGAAAUGACAGAGUUCUUCGAGGGCCGGAAGGACUUCCUCUGUUACCGGCACGCUGUCUUCGACACACAGCUUUCAAAACCAGAUUCCAACAUUAAUCUGGAUGACCGACCAGUUCAGAAAGUGGUGGAGCGUUUCCACAGGAACAGAUCCAAGCCGGCCAACGAAGACGUGGCCGAGCGAGUGUUCCUAUUGGCUCAAAGACGUAUCGAGUUGACCUAUCACUUAGAGGAUCACAGAUUCAUCCCUUCAAAGAGAAGCUUCAUCAAACCGCGAGAGUCAACAGAAAAUAAGAAGGCCGAGGACUUCACACAAGACAUGGUCUCCAGCUUCCAGGUGGAUCCAUCCGAGGAGCCUCUUAAAACUUUGGCUCUACAUGAGAUGCUGGUGGCCCUGAUGAAGGAUGAGGACAAGGUGCUUCUCCAGAUCAGGGAAUCUAAGAAAGAGGUGAGAGACAUCGUGGCCUGCAGAGAGCAGGAGGAGGGAGACAUUCAGCUUCACUUCUCCCCGUGGACGACAACCGGAGCUGCCAGGGCCCGCAGCCAGAGACAGGAAAUGGAGCGUCUGGAUGCGGAGGAGCAGCGGUGGCUGCAGGAGAAGGAGAAGGACAUCCUGGCUCCUCUCCUCAUUCGGCUGGACAACACAGAGACUCUGAGCGCCGAAGACGCCAAGCAGCUCCACCAGGACUGUUUGGCCGAGUUUAAACAGAGACUGGUGGAGCACGCCGACCUCAUUCAGGAACGCUAUGAAAAGGAGACACAGGAACUGCAGAGGAAACAGCAGUGGUACCACAAGAAGCAGCUCAACAUGACGGAGCAGCAGGAGGAAGAGUACCAGACCUACUGCUCUGAGAAAACACUACGAAUACAUGCCGCCAAGAAACACCUCAACAUGCACAAGGAAGCAGCUCCUCAAAAGUACCAAACUCUUGAUUGGAAGCUGAAACGAGACCCUCGACUGGCCCCUCACCUGCUCUGCUGAGUCACCUGAAUGUUAUACAUGUGCAUACUUUCCUCUAGAGAAGGAUUUAGAAAUCCUCCUUCGCACAUGCCCAUGUGUUCGGAGCACAACAUGCUGUGCAAAUAAACCUGCAGAAGCAACUUGAUCUGGUGCAGUCGAGCUACAAAGCACAUUAAAGAUAUUUCUAUUGGAGGACUGGAGUAAAUAUAUUAUCUCUAUUAUCUGUACCCCAGGGACAGUCUCAUAUCUGAGGCAGCUGCUGUAUGAAGAGCUCGACACAUUAUUUUAUAUUCCUUUCUUCUUUAUAUAUAUAUAAGAAUAGCAAUCAGAAAAUCUAAACGAAUCAAAUGCAACAACGUCAUGAAUUGAAUUGCAGACAUUCAAUGCCUUCCAUUAUGGAUGUUUCCGAAUAGUGAGACAGGCAGCACACAUGUAUUUAUAAAUGUAUUUUAUUUCACUUCAAACAUUAAAAACUACUUGUAAAUAAAUAAAUGUUAAACAAAUGAUAGUUAAAAACAAAUUCACAGCAAUGUAUCGAUAUAAAAUAACUGACAGCUUCUUCAACAGGUCAGCGUGUUUAUUUCUCCUUAAACAUAAAACACUAUAAAUCAAUCUAAACAAGAACAAAUGAACAAAUAAAAUGAUUUAACGUUGGAAUAAUAUAUCUGUUUUUAAAAUGUAGAGCUGUACAGUUUUGUGCAGGUACAUUCUGCAAGGAAUGUGCAAAAGU